AUGUUUCCCUUCCCCGCCUGGCCAUUUGAAGUGUUCCAGAGCAGUCUAGGGGAUAUACUGAUGUCCGCUGGUGUGUUGCAGAAAUGUCCAGUAACAGUCUGUGGAGACAUCCACGGCCAAUUCCACGACCUGAUGGAGCUGUUCAGGAUUGGUGGCCCCAAUCCAGAUACAAACUACCUCUUCAUGGGCGACUAUGUCGACCGUGGUUACUAUUCCGUUGAGACAGUCACUCUGCUUGUCGCUCUUAAGAUCCGUUACCCCGGCCGCAUCACCAUCUUAAGAGGAAACCACGAAUCACGCCAGAUAACGCAGGUCUACGGCUUCUACGACGAGUGCCUGCGAAAAUACGGCAAUGCAAAUGUUUGGAAAUAUUUCACUGACCUCUUCGAUUUCCUCCCUCUCACUGCCCUCAUCGACAACCAAAUCUUCUGUCUUCACGGAGGUCUCAGCCCUUCAAUCGAUACAUUGGACAACAUCAGAUCUCUCGAUCGUAUGCAAGAGGUGCCGCAUGAAGGUCCCAUGUGUGAUCUGCUCUGGAGUGACCCAGACGACAGGUGCGGCUGGGGAAUCUCUCCUCGUGGGGCUGGAUAUACUUUUGGUCAGGAUAUCUCAGAGGCAUUCAACCAUAACAAUGGCUUGACCCUCGUCGCGAGAGCACAUCAAUUGGUGAUGGAAGGUUAUAAUUGGUCUCAAGACCGGAAUGUAGUAACUAUAUUUUCUGGUAUGUCUAUGCUGUCGUCUUCCCUCCGGUCUUUGGUGAAUAAUGCUAACCCCGUCAAUGUGAUCAGCUCCAAAUUACUGUUAUAG